AUGAUGAAAGGCACCACGCUCUGCAUCGAACGACCCGGACCCAAGCUGCCACCCGCCCGGACGACGGAUGUUCCUCCGGCGACGCCCACCACUACUGCUCCGAUGCCCUCCAAUACUACCAUUCGAUCUGACAUGCCCUGCAACCGCUGGUACGAGGUCGAGGCCGGCGACUACUGCAACCUGGUGACUAUCAAGUUUGCCAUUUCUCUCGAUGACUUCACGUUCCUCAACGCAGGCGUCAACUCCAACUACACCAACCUCUUUGCCAAAGAGAGCUACUGUAUCCAGGCGGUCGGUGACAUCAACAACUACGUCUCCGUCACCAUUGACCCCAACAAGUCCUUUACCGGCGUCUCCUCCACCAUGCUGCCCAACGGCACCAUGACCCUGGACCCAAGACCGACCCAGCUCCCGUUGGCCACGGGCGUCCAGGACAGUCGCUCCUUCCACUUCAAGGACGAUGGGUACCGAUACUCGCCUGACGUGUUCGGCUACUGGAACAGCAACUGCGAAAUUGCAGCGUCCAACUACAACGUCGACUAUGACAACUUCGUCGCCUGGAACUCGCUCACGACAAACGUCACGGACCCAGCAUGCGUGUUCCAGGUCGGCCUACGGUACUGCGGCUCCUGGGGUCUACCACCUACACAAACCACCACCGAGGAGCCCGAGCCCACCGGGACCGAGACCGGACCCCAGCCGCCAGCGGCCACACACGAGGGCCAACCGGAAGACUGUUGCGGCUGGCACGUCGUGUACAGCAGUGACUCGUGCCAGUCCGUCGCAGACAAGGCUGGAAUAUCCCUUGCGACGUUCCUCGAGUGGAACCCUGCCGUCAGCGACGACUGUUCCGAGAACUUCUGGCUGCGACAGGCGUACUGCAUGUACAGGGAGGGCCAGGGCAUCAGCACCACGACCUCGCAGCCUGCUUCAACCACAGCGUCGACGACGGCCAAGACUACCGCCCCGGCCCCCACGCACACCGGCCAACGUGUCGACUGUAACAAGUGGGACGUCGUGGCAGAAGGCGAUAGCUGUGCUUCUCUAGCCAGCGACAACGGCAACCCAGUCGAUCAGUUCUACGCCUGGAUCCCUGCUGUUUCAAGGAUUGGGCUGCGUGAGUAG